AUGACUAAUCUAACGAACUGCACAAAAGGCCACAUCAUCGGCCGCGGCUCCACCGCCACCGUCUCCAUUGCCACCACCGUCACAGGAGACCGGUUCGCCGUCAAGUCAACAAAACUCUCCAAAUCAUUGCUCUUACAAAAAGAGCAACACUUUCUUUCUAAACUAAGAUCCCCUUAUAUAAUCGAGUACAUCGGAUUCAAUGUCGAUUAUGCGAAUGAUAUUCCAUUGUAUGAUCUGUUCAUGGAGUAUGCAACUGGCGGCGCUGUUACCGAUGUAAUUAAGAGACAAGGAGGGUCUCUUGACGAGUGUUUGAUCCGAUCUUACACUCAUCAGAUUCUACAAGGGUUGGAUUAUCUUCACUCCAAUAAGUUGGUGCAUUGUGAUAUUAAAUGUUCAAAUAUAUUGGUGUGUGAAGAUGGUGUCAAAAUUGGUGAUCUGGGCUGUGCUAAAUUGGUGGAGAAUUGUGGAGAUACAUCCUCUGGAUUUUCUGGUACACUGGUUUUUAUGGCGCCUGAGGUUGCGCGAGGCGUAAAACAAGAGUUUGCGGCUGACGUGUGGGCUCUUGGGUGUACGGUUAUCGAAAUGGCAACGGGUUGCAACCCGUGGCCAGAGAUGAAUAACCCGGUCUCUGCUUUGUACAGAAUCGGGUAUUCGGGUGAUGUACCGUUGUUUCCGAUGUGGUUAUCGGAUGAAGGUAAAGAUUUCUUGAAAAAUUGUUUGCAACGAAAAGAUGAAGAAAGAUGGACGGUGAAAGAGCUUCUUCAACACCCUUUUGUUAAUAUAAACUCGAGUUCGGAAAAGAUUGAAAGUUUUGAUUCUCCAAGUAGUAUCCUGGAUCAUGGAUUCUGGGAUUGUUUCGAGGUCACCGACACUCCAUCUUCGACCAAGUUCAUGACAUUCUCCGGCGAAUCUCCGGUUGACAGAAUAAAAAAAUUAGUGGAAACCACUCCUUGUGUAAAUUAUUGUAUGACAAAUUGGAUUGCAGAAGAAGAUUGGAUCACAGUGAGAAGUAAUCACGUGGACGAGAAUUCAAAUAUAACCUAUGAAGAUUCACAAACAGAUGUAGAGAAGGAAGAUGAUGACAGUGAGUCAACUCGUUCAGACUCGGAAUCUCUAUCAGAAUUGUAUGUAGAAGUUGGGUUUUCUGACUCGGUUAGAAUCAUAGUAGAAUCUAAUGUACUUGAAACUAGUGAUGCAAAUGUUGUUAAUUCAAAAUUUCUUGGUUUCAAGAACAUUAAUAAUGAUAGUUGUUUGCUUGUUGAUUCAAAUCUGAACGUUGCAUUAUUGAUUAUUGCUAUAUUGGCCUUUGCAUAUGUUCUUAUUUUUAAGUAG